AUGGAGAAAUGUUAUAAACUAAUUGAACGACAAAUGUAUGCAGAAGCCUUAAGAUUUUUAACCUAAAUAUUAAAAAAAGAGAUUAAUAAUCCUUAAUUGGAAACAAUUUAUUUGAUUCAACAUAUUUUAAGCUAAAGUUAAAGAUAUAAGAAUUUACAAAUCAAAAUCUUAGAACUUGUAAAAUAAGAAUAAAAUGAAGAAGAAAUGGAUGAUGAUAGAUAUUCCAAUCUAGUGUUGGAUUUAAUAAAUCUACAUAUAGAUUAAAAUAAUAUUUAACAAGCAAAAAACUGGUCUAAGCAAUUAAAAAAAUAUGUGCAAGGAAUUUAAUCUAAUGAGGCUAUAAUGUAUUUGAUUGAAAAUUUAGAUAACAUGUUAGCAUACAAAUAAAAAAAUGUUGAUUUGAAAGAAUAAGUAAAUUCAUUAUUUAUCAAAGCUUACAAUUUAUGAGGAAUUAUCAGAAUUAGAGACAAAGACUAAAUAUUUUGAAUAAGAUGGUAUGCCUGCUUAUUUAAUACCAACACGAUGGUUUAAUAAAUGGAAAAGUUAUGUAAAUGAGAGACCAAUUGAAUAAACGAAUGAAAACCUGAACAUUGAAAAAGAAAUAGAAGAUUUAGAGAAUCUAUUUAAUAUCUCAAGUGAUCUUGAUAUAGAAGAAUAAAUUAUUGCUCCAGGUCCAAUUAAUGGAUUUACUUUAAUUUAAGUUUAAUCAGCUUUGGAAUUAGAUCCCUUUGGUCCAAAAUCAUAUACCAAUUAUAUUUUAAAAGAAAAUAUAAGAGAAGGAUCCGACUUUAUAAUAGUUGGACAUAAAAUAUUUGAAUAUUUCAAAUAAAUAUAUGGUGGAUUUGAAAUUAAGAGAUUGAUUGUCGAACAUAGUUAAACUCAUUAAAAAUAUGUGGAUGUAAUUAAUUUAGUAAAAUAUUUAAAUAGUUGGUUCCAAGAAUGAUCUAAUUUCUAAUUUUACCAAAUGAAGAAAAACAUAGAACAAGAUUAAUAACUGCAAAUAGCAGUGAUUUAGUGUUAGAUUUGUGUAAGAAAAUAAACAGAAUAUUAAAAUUAAAUAAUGAAGUUAGAUGGUGGAAGUUUAAUGAUUUUUAAAGUUAAGAAGAUUUUAUUAAAAAAUUAUAAAGAAGAGAGCUUUAUAAAUAAGUAUCUGCGAAAAUAUUAGAUAAAACAACAAUGAUAGAUGAAAUUAAUUUUACAAGUUCAGAUUUAUUUAUUUGUGAAAUUAGAUAUGGUAAAGAUUGGUAAAUAAGUGAAAUUAAUUCAAAAUAGAUGUCUACUUUUAAAAGAAAAAUGAAUGUUUCUGAUGUUCCAAAAAUUAUGAGUGAUUCUCGUAAAGGUGUAACAGGAUUAUAAAAUUUAGGAAAUACAUGUUUUAUGAAUGCAGCAUUACAAUGUUUAAGUAAUACAUAUGAGUUAACUGAAUAUAUGGUUAGUAAUGAAUUCUAUCAACAUUUAAAUUGUGAGAAUCCUUUAGGAACAAAAGGAGCUUUGGCAACUGCUUAUGCUGAAUUAAUGAAAAUUAUGUGGUAUGGUAAUAAUUCAUCAGUCAGUGCUUAUGAUUUAAAAAGAGUGAUUGGUAAAUUUGCCCCAUAAUUUUAUGGUUAUGGUUAAUAAGAUUCACAUGAAUUUUUAUCAUAUUUAUUAGAUGGUUUACAUGAAGAUCUAAACAAAGUUCUAAACAAACCUUUUGUUAAAGAAGUAGAAAUUACAGAUGAAUCUGAUUUUGAAGCUUCUCGAAUUUUUUGGAAUAAUUAUAUCCUUAGAAAUUAGAGUAAGAUACAAUAAUUAAUGGUUGGUUAAUAUAAAUCAACUCUUGUCUGUCCAAAUUGUCACAGAGUUUCUAAAACAUUUGACCCAUAUAUGAGUCUUUCUCUUCCAAUCCCAACAUAUACAUUAAUUUAACUUUCCUUAUAUUUUAUAUAUCAAAAUGGAAAAAUACCUUUAAAAAUUUAACUUAAUCUAACAAGUGAUUAAGAUACUUAACAUAUUGGAUAGGAAUUAUCUAAAGCUUUAAAUAUUGAAUAAGAUGAAAUGAAUUUUAUUUUAUUAAAAGAUCAUUUCAUAAAAGAAAGAAUUAAAAAAAAAUAGAAUGUAAAAUGGAUUUAAGAACAUGAAGGAUAAUUAUUUGUGUAUUAAAUUGAAAAAGAAUAUCAUCAAUUAUCAGAUGACUAAAUUCAUGUUGAUUUCUAUUAUUGUAUCAAAACAGAUCGAUCUAAUUAUAAUGAUUCAAUCUUCACUUUUCCUAGAUAAUUUGUACUUCAUAAGAACAACAAAAUAAUUGAUAUUUAUUUUAGAAUAUAUCAACAAUUCAAACACAAUUUGAUAUUAAUUAUUUAAAGUAUGGCAGAUUAACUUUUAAAUUAAGAAGUUUAAAUAGAAGACUUUUGUUAAAAUGUACCUGAAACUUUAGAUGAAUUUAUGGCUGAAAUGAAAUUAUUCAAAGUUGAACCAUAUAAAUUAGUUUAUAGAGGGAAACCAAUGGAUUUCAUGAACUAAGAUUCAAUUGAAAAUUUUAAUGUAAAAAACCUUUCAAUUCAUGUGAUAUUGAAUCCUCUAUUUGGUCGAUAGGAAAUUCAAAAUUUGAAAUUUUAAAGAUGUAAAGAUUUUAACAUCGAAUAAAAUCGAUAAUUAAGAAAAGGAGAAUAUACAUUAGAAGAUUGUUUAAGAUCUUUUGCAAAAGAAGAAAUCUUAGGUAAAGGUGAUGAAUGGUAUUGUAAUAGAUGUAAACAACAUGUUUAAGCUACAAAAUAGAUGGAAAUAUAUAGAGCUCCAUAAUUAUUGAUAGUUCAUUUAAAAAGAUUUAGAUCUGGAAAUAAUAGAAUAAGUAAUUAUGGUAGUUUCUUUUAUUCUGGAGGAUCAUAAAAAAUAACAACAAUGGUUCAUUUUCCAAAAAAUUUAAAUAUGAACUCUUUUGUACUUUCAAAAGUAAAUGAUAAUGAUCCAAUAGACUAUCAAUAUGAAUUAUAUGGAGUAGACAAUCAUUUUGGUGGUUUGGGAGGCGGACAUUAUACAGCAUAUGCUUAUAAUUCCUUAAUAAACAAAUGGGUUGAUUAUAAUGAUUCAAGUGCAAGAAUUACAUCAGCAGAUGUAGAAAGUGAGGCUGCUUAUGUUUUAUUUUAUAGAAGAAUAGACUCUCAAAAAUGUAGUUUAGGAAGAUGA